CGUCACGAUAUCGAUGCAUUGGUUGAACGUGUCAGGGCAGUUGCAAUGGCUGAAAAUAGACCUUCAACUCCUGGAAGCCAUAUCGACUGGGCGGGUGAAGAGGAUGAUUCGUUGCCUGACCUUGAUGAUUGGGGCGUCACGACGAUCCGUACAAGCGCAGGCGACAGAGGGGAUGAGAUAUCACCGAUAUUGGCAGAUGCGCUUAAGCCACUACCGGAACCUCAGACGGAAGAAGAUGCUGAAGAUGAAGAGGAGCAUCAUGUGGAACCAUUAGACAAUGAUGGUGAUGGCGAAAUCACCAAAGACUUAUCGGAUUCUUCACCCCUAUCCAAUGCACCAACCGUUCAGGAUACCAUUGUGGCGACCACCACAGAUGCGCAUGACACUCCCGCCGUCAUCGUCGCGCCUGAAACUGUCGCGCAUGUUGACAAGCUCUCGCUUAACCCGUCGUUGCAUCCCAAGCCGAUUGCCGCAACGGAGGGCCCCCGCGCAAGUUCUACACGUUCCAAGGUGCCAUCCAAACCAGCGCCGAUCGCAGGUGGCGAAGAGCCAAUCGCAGCCAAAAAAGGGGAAGACCUUUCGCAGUCUAUCCACGCUCCCUCCCUUACCGAGGUUGCAGAAAGGACCCUCAGCUCUUCUUCCAGCGACUACAGCCUCGCUACAUCUAUCCAUGCACCUAAAGGUCUCCCAGAAUCCCGCUCCGCUCCAUCACUCAUGAGCCCGACUGCCCCGACUCCUGCGCGCGGAUUUAGUCCUUCGCAUGGUCGAUCGAAGACGGAAGGCCGCCCUCCCUUUCCACAUCCGCGUGCAGCACCAGCUACCGCGGCAAGUCAGCGAGCCGCCCGUUCGGGUACAACUUCGCCGCUUGGCCCGGGGAACACACAUGCACGGAACCACUCGACACCUCCUGGAGGGGCAGGGCAACGUGUCCCACAUGCUCGACCAGUCAUCACCGGAGAUGCAUUAUCUCGGUUGGCAAGAACGAUCGGUGGUGUGCCAGCCAUGCCUCGUGCGCAAGGUGUCGCCGUUGCAAAAGACUAA